CAUGGUACGUAAAUGAACAUGCGACAGAGGAUGCGUGAUUCGAACAGCCAAUCAACGCUUUCCCGUACUUUUCUAACUUUUACCGCAUACGUUCCAUACUCAUAUAACCGUAAAGUUUGAAUACAUGAGAAAAAGUAGUCAAAACUUCAACUAAAAAAGUUAGUUUUGAUAAUAAGAGUUAUGAUAUAAACCUGGAAUUCAUGGACGAUGAAAGUUUAAUGCGUUGUGAUCGUUACAAGUGCAAAUAUUGCAAUUAUUUUCUUCCAAAGGAAAAUUUCAUUGUAACAAAUCACUCAUGCUUUGCUGAUAUUGAUAUGACAAAAGAGAAUAUUUUUGUAGAUGAUGCAAGUGUUAUAUUUAGAGCUUCAACAGAAAACUAUGUGGAAAAUGAUUCAACAGGAAAAAAAUGUGUUAAGAAUAAACAAGACAAACUGUGGAGUGCAUAUGAUGAAGUACUGAUAGAAACUGUACGAGCCAGGCCAUGUUUAUGGAAUGUCACAAUCCCUGUUAAGGAAAGAGGUCCUUUAUCUGUCAAAGAAGCGUGGUUGGAAAUAAAUUUUGAAUUGGAAGAAAAAUUUGAUGUGGAAAAUAUAAAAAAGCGCUGGAGAAACCUCCGUGAUUGUUAUAUAAAAGCAAAGAAGAAGACUGCAUACACACCAAGUGGUUCAGCAGCACCAAUUUCAGACAAGAAAAGAGAUGGUUUUCGCUUUAUUGAUCAAAUGCAAUUUUUAAAUGAUUCUAUAAUUUCAAGGCCUUCUGUUAGUAAUGUUUCAAAAGAAUCAGAACUAGUAAGUGAUAAUGUCAACACCGAUUGCUCUUCUACGAUGCAAGAACCGGUAGAAAAUGAGAACAGUAUUGCACAAAGCCAAAUGUUUAAAGAAGAUAAUAUAAGGGAAAAUGGUUCCCAAGUAGGAACAAAUGUGUCUCAUAGAAGUAAUGUCUCUUCACAUAAUGAGAAACGACGAAAAACUCAAUCGAGCGAUGCAGAGUUUAAAAGAGAUUUAAUGAAAAUUUUAAGUGAAACCACCGCAUGUCCUGAUGAUACUGAAGGAUUUCUGAUUCACCUAGGGGAUAUUUUAAGAAAAUUACCCUACAAGGAUUCUAGAUUAUUACAAACGAAAAUAAUGAAAUAUGCAAUAGAAGCCGGAGAAAACGCAGGACUUUUUAAUAAUUAAUUUUUUGAA